AUGGCCCCCCCAGCGCUGCUGCUGCCGCUGCUGCUGCUGCUGGCCCCGGGGCUCGGCGCGGCCUCUGCCGCCUGCGACCGUGACCCUGCGCGGCUCUGGUGCCGCUCACCGGACAUCACCGCCGCUGCCUGCAAGGCUCCGAGCCCCUGCGCCCACCCCUCGCCCCCUUCGGCUGCCCCGGUGGAGCUGAGCCUGUUCUACGAGAGCCUGUGCCCUGCGUGCCGCAGGUUCCUGGUGCGGCAGCUCUUCACCGCCUGGCUGCUGCUGCCCCCCGAGGCCCUCAGCAUCACCCUGGUACCCUACGGUAACGCGCAGGAGAGGAACGAGAGCGGGAAGUGGGAAUUCCAGUGCCAGCACGGCCCCGAGGAGUGCUUGGGCAACAUGAUUGAGACCUGCCUGAUGCACGAGGCCAAGAACUUCAGCACCUACUUCCCGGUCAUCUUCUGCUUGGAGUCGGGCAGCUCCGUCACCGAGACCCUGGCAGCCUGCCUCCAGAUCUAUGCCCCGCAGCUGGACAGGGCCCGCAUCACCGCCUGCGUGCGGGGGGACACCGGCGCCGCCCUCAUGCACCGCAACGCGCAGCGCACGGAGGCGCUGGACCCGCCGCACCAAUACGUGCCUUGGGUCGUGGUUAACGGGAAGCACACGGACGAGCUGCAGGCACAGGCCGAGGCGUCGCUGCUGGGGCUCAUCUGCCGCCUCUACCAGGGGGAGAAGCCCGAAGCCUGUGGGAGCUCACGGAUACCGGAGGCCCCGCCUCGCUGCCGGCGCUGAGGGAAGGUGUGGGAGCACCGGGGAGAGAGCAAUAAAGAGGAAGGGUUCGGUUGAAAACAA